AUUCUUUUCAUUUGAAUACAAUUUCUCGAGAGAAUGUCACUUCUAAUCACGGUUCUUUGCGGUAUCGGUACAAUAGUGUCGUUGGUGUUUGUCUUCAUUCGGUAUCGGAUGAGUUAUUGGAAACAACGACAAAUACCUCACGAUAAACCAGCUUGGUUUUUGGGCAAUAUCCAAGAACAUCUCCACCAAAGUGAUGCGAUUAAGAAACUCUACAACAAGUUCAUAGGAACUGGACCGUUUUGUGGACUUUAUUACUUCAUGACACCAGCAAUUGUCGCAUUAGAUUUGGAUUUUAUAAAGGAUGUGUUAAUCAAAGAUUUUAAUAAGUUCGUUGAACGUGGUUUUUUCUACAAUGAAAUCGAUGAUCCGCUAUCGGCGAAUCUAUUUGCCUUGGAGGAGAAACAAUGGCGCCAGAUGCGGCACAAACUUUCGCCUACAUUUACCGCCAACAAGAUAAAAACCAUGUUUCCAGGAGUGAUUGAUGUUGGUCAUCGAUUUGUGGAGACUUUAAGUGAGAUCAUUGAUGGCGCUGAUGGUAGUGAAAUAAUAGAAGUUAAGGACCUUAAUGCCAGGUUUACCACCGACGUCAUUGCAACAUGUGCCUUUGGAAUCGAGUGCAACAGUUUGGCAGAUCCAAAUGCCCAGUUCCGAAAGUACGGGCGGAUAGUGUUCGAAGAACCAACUUAUCAUUCAGUGAUCAUGGGAUUCAUGCAAAGUUGCCCGAAAUUGGCGAGAAAAUUAAAGCUACGUUUGAUUCGGAAAGAUGUUGAGGACUUUUUCUUGCAAGCUGUUCGAAGGACUGUGGAAUACCGAGAGCAAAAUAAUAUUCAGAAAAAUGACUUUAUGUCCAUUUUGAUCGAUGUGAAAAAUAACAAGUCUUUUGUUACUGAGGAUGGACAGCAGAUAAGUACUGGCUUGACAAUGGAAGAAGUUGCGGCGCAGGCCUUCUUGUUUUGGAUAGCUGGGUUCGAGACAUCUUCAGCGACUAUGUCGUAUGCUAUAUAUGCCCUUGCUCGCAACACCGAUGUCCAGGAGAAAUUGAGGACAACCAUCGAUGAAGUUUUGGAAAAGCACAAUGGUGAAUUGACUUACGAAAGUCUGAAAGAGAUGCACUAUUUGGAUCAAGUUUUCGAUGAAACUCUUCGUAUGUAUACAGUUGUUCCCACCCUACAACGUAUUGCCAAUACGGAUUAUUAUGCAAGUGCUGAUAAGAAAUAUAAAAUCGACAAGGGAACAUUGAUUUUCAUUCCCAUCGAAGCAAUUCACUCAAAUCCGGAUAUUUAUCCUAACCCUACCAAAUUCGACCCGGAACGUUUUAGUCCCGAAGAAAAGGCUAAACGUGAGGCAUUAGCCUAUUUACCAUUCGGUGAAGGGCCUCGAAAUUGUAUUGGUCUGAAAUUUGGCAGAAUGUUAGCAUCGAUUGGUUUGGCGCUUUUGAUCAAAAAUUUCAAAUUUAGUGUCUGUGAAGAAACACCAAAAGAUUUGCAAUUUGAUCCAGCACAGAUUCUUUUGGUCACUCCUCAUGGUAUUCGUGUGAAAGUUGAGAAGGUUUAGUAGCAUUUCUAUUACAUACCAUAUAAGGCAAUUUUGUACAUAAUUAUUAAGACAAAUAUAUAAAUAUAGAAAAUUUAAAAAAACAUAUA